CGGCGGCCGUCGCGGUCUAUAAGGGCGAGCCAUGGCGCUGUGGCGGGCGACGCGUGGCCGGGCUCUGGAGCGGCGGCGGGAGCAGGAGGCGCAGAGCCGGCUGUGCUGGGAGAGCUACAGCCGCUCGCUCGCCCGCGCCGCGAUCUGCUGCUCCGCUCAGGCACGGUGGAGCGCGCCGCGGGGUGCGAGCGGCCCGAGCCCGGUGCGGCGGCAGGCGGCGGAGCGGCUGGAGCAGCGCAGGGAGCGGCUGCGGGAGCUGCUGAGCGACGAGCGGGACGCGCUGGAGGCGGAGCUGCGGGCGGGCGGCGGGACGGAGCCGGAAGGGGAACGGGAGCGCUGCGCGGAGCUGAGGGCCGCCCGCGAGGAGCGCAGGAGGCGGGUCGCCGAGCGAUUGCUGCACCAGCACUGGAAGCAGAACUGCGCUGAGCUCCGGGAGGUGGAGUCAGAGCUGCACAAGAAAAGCGUGGUGGAGUCCUGGGGUGAGCAGCUGAAGCAAAAGCAGCAGCAAGGAGCAACAGAACAAGAAGAGAGAAAGCUUUAUGAAAAUGAGUAUGAAAUUGCACGAAGGGAGGCUCUGGAAAGAAUAAGACAAGAAGAAGAGAAACGUCGUCUGGAAAACAAGAAACAAGCAGAGAUGUUGCUUCAACAGAUAGAAGAACUGAAGUUACGGGAGGCAGAGGCAACAAAGCUGAAGAAAGAACAAGAAAAUUUGUUAAAGCAGCAAUGGGAGCUGGAAAGCUUAGAAGAAGAGAGAAAACAAAUGGAAGAGCACCGGAAGAAGACUGAGCUUGGUCGCUUUCUGAGGCAUCAGUGUGAUGCCCAGUUGAAGAGACGAGCCCAGCAGAUACAGGAGGAGCUGGAAACAGACAGACAAAUCUUAUUAGCCCUCCUCGAGAAAGAAGAAGAGGAUCAGCGCCGCCAGUCUGAAAGACGAGAGCGAGCUGUUGCAGAUGCUGCCUGGAUGAGACGUGUCAUUGAGGAGCAGCUCCAGUUAGAAAAAGAGAGGGAGGCAGAGCUACAGAUCAUUUUUAGAGAAGAAGCUAGAAAAGUGUGGGAGAAGAGGGAAGAACAAUGGGAAAGAGAGAAGAUGGCCAGAGAUCGCCUGAUGAAUGAGGUCCUUGCAGGCAGGCAGCGCCAGAUCCAGGAGAAGAUGGAGUUAAACAGACAGGCCCAAGAAGAGUCUAUAAAGCAGCGAGAGCAACUGAUAAAAGAGCUUGAGGAGGCAAGAGAACUGACAAGGCGAGAGAAAGAGCAAGAGAAGGAACUGAAAACAGCUCGCAGACAGGAAUUGGAAGCUCAGCUGACAGAACGGCGCUUACAAGAGCAAGAGGAGCAGGAACGCCAGAGGGAGGAGGAGGAGGAGGAGAGAUCAAACAAGCAGCGCUGUGCAGAGCUGGUGCAGCAGGAGGCCAGGAGCAUGGCUGAGCAGGGCUACUGCAGCAGGUAGCGCAGCAAGGAAGUCAUCCUAAGGCUCAAGGGCAUCAGGAAGGAUGACAGCCUCAAAUGUGAAACUAAACGUGUGCAGUUGUUAAAGUUCUUGCAGCAGUGCGUCUGUGCUGUUCGAUCUUUUCCUCUUCUGUUGUGCUAAAAAUGAAUCUGAGUUUGUGUUACUCUGCUUAACCACAUACCCAGAAGACCAUGUUUCUCAUACUAAACUAGGAACUGGCAACUCGCUGUCAUUUAAUAGGUAGUAGCUAGAAGAGCCAGAGAAAGGUGGAAGGGGGAUGUUACUGCACCAGAGCAUCCACUAAAAGUGACCUAUUUUUCAUGAUAAUAGUCUGCAUUUGCUACUGUGUGUUCUUUGCCUGCUGGGCAGCGUGUGCAAAAUUAAUGAUAAAGCCCAUAAAGUAGCCAUGAUGUUUUGUUUCACUGUUAGCUCUGCGGUCACCCAAAAGCAGCGUGCACCUGAAUGUUAUCAUCCUUUCUAACUGAGAGAGCACAAAAUGAUGCUGUGGGUGAUGAGAACACUCUGAAGAAUUGAGGAACUCCUGAAAUAAUGAUGGCUGUGGGUUGGCCUGCAGCGAUGCCAGGACUCAUCUCAGAAGUUGUGCUUCUGAAAAUAUCUGGCUGUGACACAACUGAACACCAGAUCAAUUUUCUGCUGACGUUAAUAGAGCUGGAGGUUUGAGCAUGCUUGGAGGGCUGCACCCUGAACUGCUCUGCUUACUCCAUGUUCAGGAGACACGAUGCAUUCCAGUAAGUGCUGCACUGGGUUAAAACAGCAAAGAAGUCAAACUUCUGUUGCGGACCUGAAACGUGGAAGAACCUGUGCCUCCUGUGGAACAGGAACUGUGAGCCUUUAGCUGCUGCUUUCUAUUUAAGCUUUAAAAUCCCCAUUCCCACCUCUGAAGGAGGACGUGCCUGGAAGCCCCUGCUGUCUUUUCAGGGUUGCUUCGUGACCCAUCUCAGAUCAGUAAGAUUGGUAACUUGGCAGUAAUUGUUAACGUGCCCAGUUCCUCUCCAGGACAUAUUGAAAGCUUCCAUAAGCUUUUGCUUUAUUUUUUUUCCUCUCCUUUGUUUCACAGUGAAUAAUUAUGAGCUGAAUGUUUGUUAGUUUCCUUUUAGUUUCAAACUGCUGCAGUGCAGAAGGUGAGAGGAGUUUCAGCUGAUGAUUACACUUGAUUCUCAGCUACUGUCAUAAGAAAUUGCAACUGAAAACCAGGCCCAGCACUUCAGCUGGCUUGGCUUGGUACAUUCAGAUCCAUCUUAGCUACAGGAACUCAUCCAUGACUUUUUCUCUUAGAACAGUGAUAAAUAAUCUCAAGUAUUUCACACACUGGAAAGGUUUUAGCAUUUUAUAGUAAUACAGUAAACAAAAGAUUAAAUCAGACAGCAUGACACUGAAAAAUACAAGUUUUGGAAAAGGCAAAAGAAUUUUUACUUUCCUAUGCAGCAUAUUGUAAAGAAAGAGCAAAGUUGUUUACAAGGGGGGGAAAAAAAGGACAUCUCCUUAGAAAACAACACAACAAAACCAAGAGUUUUAUGAAUCUUCUGACCUGCAGUGCUGUAGGAUUUGGGGGCUCAGCUACUGCUCCACAGUUCCACAGCUGUGCCACUCUGUGUAAAGAUCUGACACAGCACAUAAGCCUUUGCCCAGGCUGCCUCUGUUCUACUGAUGGAAUCUGAAAUCUGCACAUCCCACAUCACGUGCGUUGUUCUGGAGCAGUGCUGUGGUGUGGUGAGGACCAACCUAGAAUAAACAUUUGUUCAGAGAUGGUGGAAACUACCAGAAACACGGCUGAUGUGCCAGAAGGCCAAAUCAAUCCAUUACAGGUGGCCAUGUUAUUACAGCCAGACCUUCCAGUGAGUCCUAGGAAAACCUGGAGCAAGGGCUGUCAGCUGCUGCAGUGUCCCUUUGUUUGGUACAGGUGUGAAGUGACACCUACAAGGAAACUCAGGGUCACCCAGCUUUGGAAAUCAGGGAGGGUGUGUGAAAGGGAAGCAUGCAGCGCUGGCCUGAGAGAUUUAGAAAUGCUGUCUGCUACCUUUCAAUGAUGCCAAGUUCAGAACAAGCUCCCAGCAGAUUAUCAGUGUAUUUAAGUGCCAGCAGCGUAAUUUGGAAGGUAGUUUUUAAGAUGUCUCUUCUGGUUCUAAUCCCAGCCUGUCUGCAUUCCUGUGAGCUUAGGGAAAGCAUAGAAAGGGGGAAUAAAAAGUCACCCUGCUGGAGAUUAAUUCACUGGAUUGUCAUCAACCAACUCGGGCUACUUAAAAAAAGGAGCUAAGCACAACAUCCAGGAAGCCCACAGCGUCCAGGCGCUCUGUUUAUACACCACACAGCCUGACCUGAAAAGGAAGGCAUGGCUGAAGUUUGUUUGCUAACCUCCACACGGCAGUUUUUGCAGCAGGAAGCCUUGCUGGCAGGCUCUGUGCCCUGUUUGUCACACAGCAGACAGCCGGCCCUGGCUCAGAUGCUUCUGUGCAAGCUGUCUGAAUGUUCUCCUCAACUGCUGACACGUGACAGCUGCUACAGCUCUGCAGCUUCUCUCCUGCAUACAAUGAAUUGGCUGCCAGCUGAAGUGCUGCUCCUCCAGCAUCACAGCGUGCUUCCUAGGAGGAUGCAAGGAGGCAGAAGUUAGCUCUUUUUUUCCAUGCAGUUUAGAUUUUUUUGGUAAUUAUGGUCUUAUGUGGUUUUUUUUUGAAGUUUCAUGAACUGGAAAAAGCUGACAUGCAUUGGAUGUUUACCCCUAUGUACCUCUGUGAAAGGCAGCCUAGCACAGGUUAUCCAGCAUACAGCCUGACAAACGCUGAAUGCUUUGCACAAAACUUAUGGGAUAUAAGAAAUCUUUUCACAUUUGGGUACAGUGAGGUACAGAGGUUAUAUGCUAUGGCAGACACAGCUUCUUUUAACUGGCACUGUAACUUCCUUUUUUUUCUUCCUUUUACAUCACAAAUCUUCAGUGAAACUUCAUCAAUGCUGCUGGCGUUGCCUUGAAGAUGACAGAGAAAUUCCAUAGGAAACUUAAAAAUGAGUUACUGAACCAGAAACAAAGGAUAAUAUUUUAACCACUAAUGCCCUAAAGUAACAUCAAACAUAUAUAUUAACGGCAUAGUGACAACUAAAAGAAAUAACUAUUCAAAUUCCUUCCAAAACAGAUAAAGUGACAAAGACCUUGUAUAGUUACAUGUAACAAGCUUGGAUGCCCACAGCUACUCUUGUUUCAGCAGACUAAAAAUGUACUAUUAUUGCACAACAGUUGAUGGGAACGGGUCAAGUCUGGCUUGUACUCCAUCACCAGGACUACAAGCAUCCUGCUGCUGGUGAGCAGUUGUCCUGGAGCCUUCAGAGCCCGCUUCACUGCAGGUUUCUCCAUCAGCAGCAGCAGCACUGCACACGAGGCUCCAGGAUGGACAGAGCAGGGUGAGAUCCUGCCCUCUGAUAUGUGCAGUUGUCUUCGGUGGGGAUUUGGCAAGCAAUAUCUGAAAGCAGCAAGUGGCCCCAAGGAAACAUCUAGCAAGAGCUUGAUACAAUGCUGGUACGUGAUAUUGGCUCAACAGCUAUUUGCAACAUGCUACUAUCUGUAACUAAACUGGCAACACAGGCACAAAAUAAGGCAGUGGGUUAAAUUAAUCAUUAAAAUUGUUAGAAAACAUGCAAAAAUAAUACUGAGUUUAAAAAAAAAAAAAAAACAAAAAACAAAAA